AUGGAAAUGUUAAAAUUUGCUUGGAUAAAACUAACACCGCCUCGAGCUUUGGAGUCGUGCGGGACAUUGGAAAAAGCAUUUUUCGGAACUACAUAUAGACUUGUCUAUAUAAUAGGUCUUUCCACAAUCGAAUGUGGUAUAUUUUAUGCAAUUUACAGCACAAUUAUGAAAUCAAUAAUAGGUUUAUUUAUUUGCGCCGAACUUUGGAACCUGGUGACCGAAGCUGACAGUCUAGAUGGAAUCAUAGCCAAUAUAAAUGUCACUAUUAUACACUUAAUUGCUGUCUAUAGAUAUAGGAAUAUGGCCUCUAAUAAGGUGUUCUACAAGAAACUGGUAGCUUCUACCCAAGUAAGGAAUUUCGACAUAUCAACUAAGCAAAGAAAGAAACUAGUUGACUUUUGGGCAUCUGAAAAUGAGAAAUACUUGAGGUUACUGCUUGCACUAGGAAUGUGUACGUUGUCAAUAUGGUAUGUCUACCCGUUGGUGGACGAUGUGGAGUACAAUCUGGUUGUAACAUUGCGACUGCCCUAUGAUUUUCGCAAUCCUACGCUAUAUCCCCCAACUUACCUUGCAACGGUUCUAGCUUUUAAUGAAAUAGGAUUAUUCGUAAUGGUGAACGAUAUCAUAUUACAAGCACAUUUGAUACAUCUUAUUUGCCAGUACACUGUCUUAGCGAAUUGUUUCGAGAACAUUGUCGCUGAUUGUUCAUACAAAGGUCUUGGGCAUACAAAGUUACAUUUAAAUAACAAAUUCAAGAUGAAAUACUUAAAAAGAUUUGAUAAUCUUAUUGACCAGCAUAAAUUCAUUUUGAAGAAUUCAAUGAAGCUGAGGAACACAUUGAGCUUGCCGAUGCUGUGUCAGCUUGCCUCUAGCGGUAUGCUGAUCUGUCUUGCUGGAUAUCAAGUUGCAUUGACCGUGAAAAUUAGUAUUACAAAAUUUUUGGCAAGCCUCCUGUAUUUGGGUUACAACGUGUUCGAAUUGUUUUUAUUCUGCCGAUGGUGCGAUGAAAUUAAGAUUCAGAGUGAGAAAAUAAGUAAUGCAGUAUAUUGUUCUAACUGGGAGUCCGGCGUCGCGCUCGUGCAGGGAGUACGUCCGAGAAUCAUGUUCGUUAUUGCGCGCGCUCAAAAGUCGCUCGCUUUGACCGCUGGUGGAUUCUUUGAUCUAUCACUUGUCACAUUUACUACGUUGAUGAAAACAUCCUACAGCACGCUGACUGUUUUGCUUCGCUUUCAAGAUUAA